GCUAAUGGCUUGGCAAUGGCAGGCAGUCCUGUAUUUUUGUCAACUCUUGCUCCUUUAAACCAAUACUUCUACAGUAUCUUUGGAUGGAGAGGAAGCUUUUUGAUCCUGGGAGGACUUCUUCUCAAUUGUUGCGUUGCAGGCUCCUUGAUGCGCCCCAUCGGACCAAAGCCUGAUGAUUUGAAAAAGAAAGUGACAAAGGAAGUAUUGGAGGAAGCUGGAAAGUGCAACUCCAAAGAAGACAAGGAUGCAAACAAAGACCUUAUUGAUGGAACCGCAAAAACAAAACCAACUUUCUAUCAGACAAUUAACAAGUUUUUGGACAUCUCCCUUUUUACUCAUAGAGGAUUCCUGAUCUACCUAUCUGGACACACAAUCAUGUUCUUUGGACUCUUUACACCUUUAGUCUUUCUUAGUAACUAUGCAAAAAGCAAACACAUUUCUCCAGGGAGUGCAGCCUUUUUGCUUUCCAUCCUUGCUUUUGUAGAUAUGGUUGCAAGGCCUUCUAUGGGGAUAGUUGCAAAUACCAAGUGGGUGAGACCUAGGAUUCAAUAUUUCUUUUCUGUGGCUGUGCUCUUUAAUGGAAUAUGCCACCUGUUGGCACCUUUAUCACAUGAUUAUGUUGGUUUUGCAAUCUAUGCUGCGUUCUUUGGCUUCUUUUUCGGCUGGCUCAGCUCUGUCCUUUUUGAAACCUUAAUGGAUUUAGUUGGCGCAAAUAGAUUUUCCAGUGCUGUUGGACUGGUGACAAUUGUGGAAUGUUGCCCUGUUCUUCUAGGGCCACCCCUCUUA